CGCGGCUCCGAGAGCCCAAGAACAUCCUGGAGCACCUGCACUGCUUCAUGCAGUCCAAUGUUCUGGGGUCAUGAAACUUAAUCCACAGCAAGCUCCGUUAUAUGGUGACUGUGUAAUUACAGUGCAGCUGACUGAGGAAGAUAAAGUGGAGGAUGAUGUAGUAUUUUACUUGAUAUUUACUGGCUCAACCAUUCAGCACUGCACCAGCACUAGAAAGAUUAAUCCGGGCAGUUUGGAGACAAUUGCUCCUGGCCAUGACUGCUGUGAGACCGUGAAGGUGGCACUUUGUGCUUCUAAGGAAGGGCACCCAGUUCUGGUUGUGGCAGAAGAGAGUUUCCAGUUUAUUCAGGACGAAGCCUAUGAUGCAGCACAGUUUCUAGCCACAUGUGCCGGCAACCAGCAAGCCCUGAACUUCACCAGAUUCUUGGACCGCUCGAGGCCGCCUGCCGCCGAUGUGGAGUUUCUGGAUGAGAAAGUGGCCUUGGCGUUUCGGCACCUGAAGCUGCCUCCAGGAUGGAACGUGCUGGGUGCAGAUCAGUCCCUGAACGAGAACACCCCUCGGGAGACGUUGAUGCAUUUUGCAGCGAGGCUGGGGCUGCUGCGGCUGACGUGGUUCCUGCUCCAGCAGCCGGGAGGAAGAGGAGCCCUCAGCAUCCACAACAGCGAGGGGGCGACGCCGGUGAGCUUGGCCUUGGAGAGGGGCUACCUGAAGCUGCACCAGCUUUUGACAGAAGAGGAAGCUAGAGAGCCGGCCUCCUGGAGCACCCUGUCGCACACGGUGCACGCGGGGGACUACUGYGUGAAGCACCACCGGGGGCUUGAUGUCUACAUGCUGACAGCUGAAACCCGGGCAGGGCGAGAGGGCAGCUUGGAGGAUGACAUACGGCAGCUUCGGAAGCACAUGCACACGAAUAUAAGGAAGCAGACAGAAUCUGCCCUGAGAGACUCUGGGAAUAGUUGUGGCAGAGGAACAGAGCCAGAUGGUCACCCAGUCACUACAUCUGAGAGCCUAAAAGAAAUGGCAAGAGAAGGAGGGAAGGAAAGUCCAUCUGAUCUUGUCCAACUUGACAGCAAGCAGCUCUUGGCCCAAACCUGCCAGGAGGACAAGUGCAACAGCGAGAGCUUGGGAGCUGCCAGCGAUGCUCCAAGUGGCUUAGAGAGCCUGGGGGCUGCAGAGAGCUCCUGUGAAAGUAAAAAUACAGUGACGUUGACUGAAAAGGAAGAGGAGGAGCCAACCUCUGUUGCAGACUCUGGGACCGUGUCCGACAAAAAGGGCAGCACGCUCAGCGUGAGCGCGGCCGUAAACGGUGCUGUAAGUCUCCCAUCCUGUGGAAAUACAAAUGAGGAAGCUGGAAUGACAUCUGCUGGAGUUGUUUUAGAUCCCGCCAGCUUGUGCAGUAAAGAUAGCACCCAUCAGGAAGCGCAAGUUGCUGAAGAGAGUGCAGCUGAAAGUGCUGUUACAGUGACUGAAACUGCAGACAAAACCCCAGCUUCCCCUCUGGAUGUGGCCAUGGGCCAAACCGAAUGCAGGAACUGCACAGGGACGGCUGAUAAGUCUCCCGGCCGGCAGCAGGUAGAGGAUGGGAUGGCUGAGACCAGUGCAAUGAGGACUGCAGAUCUGAAAGAGCAACAGCCAGCCAAGGAGGCGUCAGCCAGCACUGCUCAGCCCUUGCUCGGGGAUUUUAAUGGCACUGACUGCGCAGAGGAGGAUGCAACUGUGCAAGUGGUCCCGGCAUGUGACAGUAGCAGUGCAGAUGUUGGCACUGAUGAUCUCUCUGUUGGCCCUGGCAAGACCAGUGAUAACAGCAAAUCUGGAGCAGAUUCAUGCACUGAUCUGGUAAACAGCGGCUCCCUAGAAGGCCCAGGCGAGUCCCUUGUCAAAGAGAGGCAGGAUGUCACUGUGAACACUGGGACAGCACUGCCAGCAGUGAAUGGUGUGAAGGCACCAAAACACGAUCCUGUUUUGGAAAUCCAUGCCAUCAGUAAGGAUGGGGAGCAAGAAGAGCAGUUAGGAGGUGACAGUGCGGAUGCAAAAUCUAGCUCGCUGUGUCCAGGAGACAGCGUGGAAAUUGAUGGUGCUGAUGCUAAACCUGAAAGUGACGAAGCUGAUGGACCUGCUCAAAACGGUGGAGAACCUGUGCCUUGCCAGGAGGGCAGCAAGAGCAGCAGAUUUGCAGCCCAAGCCGUGGAGGGUAGUGGAGCCCACGAAGAGGAAGCAGUAGGAGCUGAUAGCAGCUGCGGAGGGAGCUGCGCUUCUGCAAACGGGGCUCAGGAAGUUGCGAGCUGUCGCCCUUGUGCCGAUGCAACUGGCGCAGGAGAUGAAAUGGGUGACAGCACAAAAUUAGACGCUGCUCAGGAGAGCAAGCACGAGAUCCCUGUGGGGGAUGUGAGUGCAGAUCUGCAAGAAAAAGAGCCCCCGGGAGCCAAAGCAGCGAGCGCAGAAAGUGCUGCGGGGCAGGAGGGGCUCAGCGAGGAGGCCGCGUUGCCCCUGUCACAGCAUGAAGGUGUUGGCGGCGAGGCGGCCGCUGCAGUGGCACCUCCCGGGCAGGAGGCAGCUCCGCACGGCAACAGCCCUGACGGCGCCGAGGGUGCAGGCCGGGAGCCGGGUAAUUUUGUGGGCACACCCCACGUAACUCCCCGCCACGGCGCUGAACAAAACCAGGAAGCGGCGGCCGCCUCGGCGGGGCUGCCCGCGCCGGGCCAAGCUGCCGGGCCCCUCGGUCAUGAGGGAGAAGGCGGCUCUGCGGAGCAGAGCAGCUCCUGGCAGGCUGGUGGAGGCCAAGCCGAGCCUCCGGGAGAGGCUGAUGCGGAGGCGGCCGUGCCAGGGGCGCCGCGCUCCGCUGCCGUGAGCGGCAGCCCGCCGGGGCCCGCGGCAGGCGGCGGCAGCGCGGGCACCGCCGGGCCCGGGCAGGCCCGCGGGGAGGAAGYGCGCGAGGCCCUGGAUGCAGAAGUGGCCGCGCAGGGCCCCGGGCCGGGCGGCGAGUCAGCGGAGGCGGCGGGCAGCGCCCAUAUGGAUGCGGGGCCCCCCCGAGGAGCUUCCCCACAGCUGAAGGACCCCUUGGACAUGGAGGCGCCCGCAGCCACCUCUGUGGAGCRGGAGGCCUUCGGAGUGGCGGCGAUGCCCCCGGAGUAUCCGGGCGAGCAGGGGGAAAUGGAGAGCGUGCUUCCCAGAGCCGCCCUGCAGCCCAUCGCCGAGGAGCCCACGUGCGACAGCGACUCCAGCACGGACACAGUGUGCCCGGCCGGCGAGGGCAAAGCCGGGCGCGGAGCAGCCCCGGAGGAGGUCGUGGCCACUCCCGAUGGAUGCGGAGUGAAUCCGAGCGAGGCCGCGGCGGCACCGACCUGCUCGCAGGCUCCGGGCCGUCUCAGCGCUGUUGAGUCACCGGCGAACGUGGGAGGGAAGAGCUCCCUUUCGGCAGAUGAUGGCUUCGCUCCGGAUAAAGUUCCUAAAAUGGUGAAAAGUUUUGACGCUGUUGUUUUUGCUUCGGAGACACCUUGUUCCCCCGAGUUACCAGAAACGUUACCYGCGUUGGAUGCAGCGUCCAGCCUUAAUGGAGAAAUGGAUCUAAGCUCCCCGGCAAAGAGGAGGAACGUCAGCCCAGCGGCAGGGGCACCUGAGCCUGCUGCAGGGAAGCUGGAAAUGAAAACUGAAGAUGAGGUGGACUUUUUGAAAGAUCAGAAAGAGAGCCCAGCCUGUGAGGCAGCGACUGGAUGACAAUAAGCUUAAACUCGUUGGGAAGAGAAGA